AUGGCCGACCGCGAAGUUCUCCCCGACAACGUGAAGCCCAUUCACUACAAGGUCUCCCUCGGAGAGCUCGAUUUCAAGGCAUGGACCUACAAGGGAACCGUGACCAUCGACGUCGAGGUGGUCAAGCCGACCAAGCAGAUCGUCCUCAACACGCUCGAAAUCAAACUCUCGCGCGCGAAGCUCAUGCUCGAUCACACCAAGUCGUCGCAAGCCAUCGAGUCGACCAACUUCGGCUACGAUGAUCGUGCUCAGCGGGCCACCAUCACCUUCGACCAGGAAAUUCCCGUCUCCCGCCAGGCGUCGGUCGCCAUCGACUUCGAGGGCGUCCUGAACAACGACAUGGCCGGUUUCUACCGCAGCAAGUACAAGCCGACGGUGACGCCGGCCGGCUCGGUGCCCCGCGACGACGAGUGGCACUACAUGUUCAGCACCCAGUUCGAGUCCUGCGACGCCCGCCGCGCCUUUCCCUGCUUCGACGAGCCCAACCUCAAGGCCACGUUCGACUUCGACAUCGAGGUGCCCGCCGACCUCGUCGCCCUCAGCAACAUGCCCGUCAAGGAGACCAAGGCGACCAGGGAGGGCUGGAACGUCGUCUCGUUCGAGACGACGCCCAUCAUGAGCACCUACCUCCUCGCCUGGGCCGUCGGCGACUUCGAGUACGUCGAGGCCCACACGGACCGCCGCUACAACGGCAAGCAGCUCCCCGUCCGCGUCUACACGACGCGCGGCCUCAAGGAGCAGGGCCGGUGGGCGCUCGAGCACGCGCCCAAGAUCAUCGACUUCUUCUCGGAAAUCUUCGACAUCGACUACCCCCUGCCCAAGUCGGACCUCCUCGCCGUCCACGAGUUCACGCACGGCGCCAUGGAGAACUGGGGCCUCGUCACCUACCGCACCACGCAGGUGCUCUUCGACGAGGCCACGUCGGACGCGCGCUUCAAGAACUCGGUCGCCUACGUCGUCGCCCACGAGCUCGCCCACCAGUGGUUCGGCAACCUCGUGACCAUGGACUGGUGGGACGAGCUCUGGCUCAACGAGGGCUUCGCCACGUGGGUCGGCUGGUACGCCGUCGACCACCUCCACCCCGACUGGCAGGUCUGGGCCCAGUUCGUCAACGAGGGCAUGGAGGCGGCCUUUCGCCUCGACGGCAUCCGCGCGAGCCACCCGAUCCACGUGCCCGUCCGCGACGCGCUCGACGUCAAUCAGAUCUUUGACUCGAUCAGCUACCUCAAGGGCUGCUCCGCCAUCCGCAUGCUCGCCAACCACCUCGGCGUCAAGACGUUCCUCAAGGGCGUCUCCAACUACCUCAAGGCGCACAAGUACGGCAACGCCAAGACGAAGGCGCUCUGGGACGCGCUGAGCGAGGCGUCGGGCAAGGACGUCGACGGCCUCAUGGGCCCCUGGAUCUCCAAGAUUGGCCAUCCCGUCCUGACGGUGGCCGAGGCGCCCGGCCAGAUCUCGGUCAAGCAGUCCCGCUUCCUCUCGACGGGCGACGUCAAGCCCGAGGACGACACCACCACCUGGUGGGUUCCCCUGGGUCUCGAGGGCAGGAAGGGCCAGCCGGGCGUGGCCGACCUGUCCUUGACGCAGAAGAGUGAGACGAUCCGCGACGUCGACGAUGGCUUCUACAAGCUCAACAGCGGCGCCACGGGCUUCUACCGCGUCAACUACCCACCCUCGCGCCUCGAGAAGCUGAGCACGCAGCUCGACAGGCUCUCGACCGAGGACAAGAUUGCCAUGAUCGGCUCGACGGCCGACCUCGCCUUCUCGGGCGACGCCACGACGGCCUCGCUCCUCAUCUUCCUCCGGGGCUUCGGCAAGGAGACGCAUCCCCUCGUCUGGACCCAGGUUCUCGACUCCAUCUCGUCGGUCAAGGGCGUCUUCAACGAGGACGCCGACCUCAAGAGGGGCCUCGAGAACUUUACGCUCAAGCUCAUCGACGCCAAGGUGAGGGAGGUCGGCUGGGAGUUUCCCGAGGGCGAGGAGUACCUCGCCGGCAUUCUGCGGAAGCAGCUCAUCGGCGUCGCCGCCGCCAACGGACACGCCGAGGUCGUCAAGGAAGCUCUCCGGCGCUUCAACGCUUGGGUCGAGAACCCCGACGCCAACGCCAUCCACCCGUCGCUGCGCGGGUCGGUCUGGCGCAACGCCGUCCGCAAGGAUGCCGCUCGCGCCGUCGACGUGCUCAAGGGCGAGUGGUUCAACACAAAGUCGAUUGACGGCAAGCUCAUCUGCCUGCAAGCCCUCUCGGCGGCCGAGGACGAGGAGCUGCUGCGCACGUCGAUUGUGCCCUUCAACUUCAACAGCUCCCCCCCCAACAACGCGGUGCCGUCGGCCGACAUGCACGCGCUCGGCAUGGGCCUCGCCGCCAACCCGGCCGGCCGCGUCGUGCAGUGGGAGUUUAUGAAGGGCAACUGGGACGUGUGCCUGGCGAAGCUCGGGAACCCCAUUGUGCUCGAUCGAUUCAUCCGCGUCAGCUUGGGCGGCUUCACCGACGAUGCCGUCAUCGACGACAUCGACGGCUUCUUCAAGGACAAGGACACGAGCAGCUUCAACCGCACGCUGGGCACGGUCAAGGACAAGAUUCGAGGCCGCGCCUCGUACAAGAAGCGGGACUCGGCCGCUCUCAAGGAGUGGCUGGGCGCCAAUGGUUAUCUCUGA